UACAGUGAAGGAUUAAUAAGGUGCUAAAAACAAAGAGGAAUGAAGAUUCGAAGAGGUUGGGGAAGGAAUUUCAUGGCAAAAUUUAAUUGUGGAGGAGCAAAGAAAGAUACUGAACCUGAGGCAAAACUAACACCAUCCACGAAAAUAUCUGGCAGGGCUGUGGAAUCACCAAAGAAAUUGGUUAAUACAGCUCCUACUAGGUGCUCCUCACAGCGGGCAAGGCAAGAAACUGUAGACCGUAGUAACUUGAGCAAGAAAUUAGACAAGAAGAGACAAGAAGAGUGGGAUAAGGAAAUUAAAGAUGGUCAUUCAGUGAGCCAAGAAGAACCUGUAGCAAAACUAGACAUCACCAUGAUUGUGCAGUCUAUGAAGCGCGGAAACCGUUCAGCCCGGCAAAGGAGAAAGAGUUCUGUACCGUGGGUAGAACUGCUUGGGUUUAACUUCAGAAACGUGGAAAGGGGACGUCGGAAUGACCAGGCUGUUGGCCCGAAGAAGAUGAAAAGAACUCAUAGAGGCACCAAGUCUUUGAGCGUGAAAAAUAGGGUAGCUAAGGGAAAGAAGAGUGUUGGAGGUGGAAGGGAUGCAAAUAACAAGUCUACUCCUGCUAAUUUAGACAAGGCCCAGGACAAUGCAGCGGAAACAGAUGCUGCCGAGCAUCUCAGUGUGCCCAAAUCUGAUACAUCAUCAAAAUCCAAGGAGCAAUAUGCUUCUAAGCAGAGUGGUGUCCUAGUCCCAGUCCCAGUCCCAGCAGAUGACACACUCAUGAAUAACAUUUCGGUUGAUUUCAAGAAGAGUAAAGAUGCAGUUGCCGAUGGUCUUAUGACAACAACUGAUGUUAUCAGUCUUUAUGAAGCCAAAGAGAACCAUACUAAGUUCGAUCCUGCAAUAAUCCCAGGCUUGGAUCUAGAAGAUGGAGCUGACAAAUUUGAUACUUCAACAGCACAAUCUGCUCUGGCAUCACUCUAUACUGUCUCCGCUCCAGACCCGUGCAUCGAGUUUGCUGUUAAGCUUCUAAAGGACGAAACGCCACUGACAGGAUAUGUUCCAGAAGUUGACGAGAUCAUUAGGAAAAUGAUGUGCCAUCAGAAGAGCACAACUGCUGGGACUUCAAAAUCUGCUCAGGGCAAGGACUAAAAGAGCAAGUAGCAUCUGAACAGUCAAGGAAACCUGAUAAGGGAUGCCAAUUUGGUAUCUGUAGAUCAAUGUAAUCGUUAGUCAUUAGUGCACAAUCGGCACAUCCUAGUGACCGGUGCCUUUAAAAUGUCUUUUUGUCAUCUAUGUUAACUCUGCGUCCUAUUUGGGUUGAACAAUUUACGAUGUUC